UAAUGAAUUAAUUAAUUAAUUUUUCACUUUUUUAUUUUUUACAGAUUUAAAGCUUACUAUAUGCUUUUAUUUUUCUUGGCUAACUACUGGCAAAAAGCUAUUCAGCAAAUUCAAAAGCAAUACAAGUAAUAAAGCUUUAGCGUGAGACUGCCACUGUAACGGUGCGGUGCGGUACAACGACGACGACGAUAUCAUUGUCGUAGAACACAAAAACUGCUAAAAGAUGACAGCAAAAUGUCACAAUUGCGAAAAUCAGCUUCUUUCCGUUCCAGGAUUCCAGUAAGAAGAAGUCGUUUGCCACAGCGUCGUUGUUGUAGUCCACCCCCAGGUGGCGUGGUGAGGUUAAGGGGCGCAUCUAGCGGAUGUGACAGAAUUACCAAUACCACCACCAUCAUCACCACCAAUACCACCCCUGGCAUUGGAGACGACAACGUUGGUUUAGGGUUAGGUUUGCAGACAAAUAGAAGUUUUGCAUUCGAGAGAUGUGAUAUCAGCAGAAGUAGUAGCAGUAACAAUCACAACAAAAAGAAAAUUCGCAGCAACAGCAGCAAACAGCAUCGUCAUCAUCAUCAGCACAAGCGUUACUCGUCGUCUACUUCGUUUUCCAGCAGCGAUGAAAGCUAUGAAUCUGAAGCACCACGCCAGAAAUUCAUCAAACCAAAUCAUAAAAUUUUAGAUGACAAUUCUAUGUAUAUUUCAACUGAUGGAAUAAGCUUAGACGGACUAUUGGAUUCAGUUAGUAGUGAAAGUUUAUCGAGUCCUCCAUCACCAUCCGUGCAAUAUCAGAAUACCAAAAUGCCUCUUCCUCAUAGCUCGAGCUAUGAGUCAUUAGACAAAUACAAUGUGGCACUGGAAACUUUUAAAUUAUCUGACAACAGUGUUCAUCGAAUUCCCUAUCCAUUGGCUCCAGCAUCGUCAAACUACUACAACCUUGACAGCAAGCAUAAUAAUAAUUCGACAACGAAAAUUGACGCGAUUAGGGAGGACUUUAAAAAAUCCUAUUACAACGAAAAACAGAAGCAACUCAGUGAUUGGUAUUAUAUAAAAAAUACUCCAAAGGACGACGAUAGUAAAACAGUUCAGCAACCAGAAGAGUCCAUCACAAUAGCAAAAGAAGGAGUAGAAGAAGAAGCCGAACAUAACGGCACGACGAUUGGCAUUGAACAUAAUAAUGAUGCAUUGGCUCCUACAAUGUUUAGUCGAUGUGAGGAUUUUGCCUCAUCAUCAACACCAUCCCAACAAUCGCAGCCGAUGAGAACAAUGAACUGGAAUAAUUUCGAUUGUCAGGCGUCGUCGUCGUCCCACGGGAAUGAUGAUGCCGAUAUUAUUCGAACGGCUGAUAAUGGCGGCGCUAAUGAUGCCAGUGUCAUGGUAAAAGAAGGCAUAGAUGAUGGCGAUAAUGGUGGCAUCGGAAAUGAUUGGCAGCAGGCUUGGCGAAAAUUCCACGUUUCCAAUCUGAAUUCCGAAUUUAGUGCGAAAGGACGAAAUGACAACGAACAAAACGACGAUGAUGACGAUGGAAUUCAUCGUUAUGACAAUGUUCCCAUUGGCAUCAAUUGCUGCCCAACGAAUAAUCUCAGCGGUAAUAAUUACCCCUUACAUCCUCAAUCCUAUCUAGGCAAUUACAAUAAGCAACAACAACAACAACAGCAGGAACGAAAAUGCUAUGAAACUGGUUGCAAUUGCUGCAACAAUCCUAGUUCGGAUGACUUCUCUAGGACGAAAUUCAAUUCGACAUCGAAUAUCGGCAGUCAGUCGAGUGUUGUCAGUGUGAAUCUAUUGAAACAACGAUAUCAGAGACAGGAUCGGACAAAUAAUUAUACUUCCCAUUCGGGUAGCAAUGAGUAUGUAAAUGCAAGUUUUCGAAGAAGACCUGCAGGAGCAGGAGGAAAUAGUAGUAGCAAUUAUCAGAGAAACUACAUGGAAGCGACGGCUUUCAAAAACAAUAAUAACUGUAACGAAUCGGGCUCGAAGAAUAACAUUGGCAGUAAAAACAAUGUCGAAUUGCAGCUGGAACAUUGGGAAAAUAUGAGCAACAUCAACAAAACUACUGAUUCCUGGACGAAACGUAAUGUAAUUCGUGGUGGUUGUAGUGGUAGUGGUGGAAGUCAUGGUGACAAGGACAUUCCAAUAAGCAAUAACAACAGACCGAAUGGUUGUUGCAGUGGGUGUACGACGAACAGCAAUAACAGAAAGAGAACGAACAAUAACAUGAUGGUUGGCUAUCGAGGUCAUAAUCAUCAUCAUCAUCAUCAACAGCAGCAGAAUACUGACCCAUCUUUCCCAGAACAACAACAAAUAGUUUUGGUUGAAAAACAACGACAAGCAGCGGCAGCGAUGGUACUCGAUGGUCAAGCAUCGAUGUCAUGCCAAUCUCAUUCCCAUCAUCAUCAUCAAAACUAUGAGCAAAAUGAGCACCCUUUACCGAUGGCAGCGACAAUAGCUCCUUGUAGUGUUGCAGCCCCGAACCAGAAUCAGAACCGAAUGAGACAGCAAGCUGCUGCCUCUGGUGUCCAUUCAGGGACAAACAAUAACAGCACUAUUAUACCAACAGCUUCUGAUGUCGUCCAGAGUCCGGUACUUUCGGCCCGUUUGACUGUUGUCUCUACACCGAGAGCAGCAUUGAGAUCGAGACUAGUACAGAAGCGACCCGAUGAAACAAGCUGCAGCAGUAGUUUCGAGCAAUUAAAUGUCAUUGGAAUACCAACAACAACAACAAAAACAACAGGACCAAACGACGAUUACAAACAAGUGCAAUACCAAUACCAACCGUCGACGCAAUACCAGCAGCCCUACAAUGCCCAGCAGGAUGCUGUCCAGGUUCAUCUUCCACCUCAUUCACAUCAUCAUCUUCAUCAUCAUCAUAAUCAUCAACAUCAUCAUCAACAACAGCAGCAACAGAAUUCUGAGAUUUGUGAUGAAGAAAAAACUGGCUUCGUGAUAACAAGGCCGACAAGGAUAACAUCACAGCCAAAGGACGAAGACAACAACGAUGCCGGUGAUGAUGUGGAUGGUGAUGAUGGUGACAUUGUUGGCAAUGGUGAUGGUGAUGGUGGAGUUGUUGGCAUCCUUGAGACAAAACGUAGGCCAUUGCCAGAGAUUCCGCUCGAAGAAAUCAUCCAACAGCAACAGCAGGAAGCUAAGAUUUUCCCACCUAAGACUUCGUCCUGUCGGAGUGAUUGCGAACUUUCCGGUUCGUAUGCGUCCCUCGAGUGUCCCUCGCCUCCGGGACCCCCAGUAUGUCUUCCAGAAUCCCGUCGGGAUCCACAAGCACGGCUGAGCACAUAUUUAAGAACAUUCUAUACGGAUUUAUCACUUAAGGAGCCAAUUAUACCACCAUGGGCAAUACCAGUGGCGCCAGGAGCUUUAUGUCCGGCACGUUUGGAACCUGAAUUACGUUUGCAUUCACAGUCACAUGGCUUUAAUGAUACACUGACAGUUGAUCAAAUAUUAAUAUCACUUCAGACAAAAGAAGGUACAUUCUUAGAAGCUCCACGUCGAGUUUUAAUCGAAUGUCCAACAUGGGCAUCAAGAAGUAGUCUUUGUUUAAGAAUCCUGCAUGCUUGGGCUAAAGAACCACCCUGGCCUGCUAAAGGAACUCCAGUAGCCUUAGCACUCUUCAUCCCGCUAUCUGAAGCAAAACGAAGUUUUUCUAGCUAUGUUGAAAAGGAUCUACUUCCAAAAGGACCCUUAAAUCCAUUUGCAAGUGGAUUUGGUGGUUUUACAGCUGCUUGGAAUUCUUUAGAAGCCCUUGGCCCAAAACUUCUCAUAAUUCUCGAUGGUUAUGAUAAUCAGAAAAAUGGAACUCCGAAACGAAAAAACAAACAAUACACCACAGACGUACAUGAUCUUCUCGAUGGCAAACUAUUCCCAGAAGCUCGAGUUAUCAUCACCACAUCCUCAUCAAAUUGCACCGAACUGCUACCCAUAAUCCAACGACACAUAACAUACGAAGGUCUAACAUGGGGCAGGUCUGCCUCUCUCCUGGGCGGUGGUCAAUGGGGAGGACCGUCGCGACUUCUUGAUACCGUCCAAGCUUGUGCGAAUUUGAGAAAAGCCGUUCGCACCCCUCACGGAUGUCUAGCCUUGGCAGCGAUCUACGAAGCUACCGGAGGUGAUCUUCCGACCGAAGAACUCGAUGUUGUCGAGUCAAUUUUGAACUGUGUCGCUCCAGAGACUUCAGCAAGUAAUGUAGCCGAGCUCGGCCGAUUGGCCCUGUUUUGUUUGAAAAUGAAAAGAUCCUGCAUAACCAUGGCCGAAAUCAGAAUGUAUUGUUCCUGUCCCGAGUCGAAUAUCAUGGGAUGUCUUGACAAGAAUCUAUUGUUGGGAAAAUCUGCCAAAAAGAAGGCCGAAUAUGUGUAUAACCCCAUUUGCCCUGGAAUGAUUGAGUUCCUAGCAGCAAAUUAUAUCUCGUCAUUGGUUAAUAGACCUGGACUUUUAGCUGCUGAAAUCACCGGGCUUUCAAUUGGUGACGAACUUGAUCCCGAUCUACUAAAAGUGAUAAAGUUUUCCAUGGGACUGUUGGGCGAGCGUGCUCAUAUACUUCUAUCACGCUUGACCCCUCUUUGGCUCACUCCACAGAUAGUAUUUUCCCUUGCUCUGGCAGGUGGCAGCACUGAGGAAAACUUAGCCGCUCUAUGUGAUAUUCUAGGCAUAUCGAAACAUCCUCCGAUCUCUCCGCUCGAAGCUAAGCCACUUUGGGUACAAGUCCGAUCUGUUGCCACCGACUUGAUGGGUUGGGGCAUGGCACUCAAAAGCCCUACCUGCACUCUGAAAAACCUAGAGCUUAUCUAUCAACUGGAAAAGCAUAAUAUUCUUGAUUCACGGAAUGCUAUUGAAGUGUUCCUUAACUCGAUGUCAAACAACGAAAGUGUGUCAACUCUAAGAGUUUCCUCGCUCAUCGAAACCGAAGUGAAAGAUUGCGAAAUAGCUUAUUUGGCAAACUGUGUAUCCAAGCUUCUUAUGAAGCCAAGGCUGGAGAAUUUCGAACUCGUCCUAACGCUCCUCGAAGAAGAUCCACCAAUUUUGAAAUUACAGUCCGUAGUGGCAGCUUUGUGUAGGGCCAUUCCAAGACAACCGAAACUAAGUUUCCUGCUCUUGGACCUUGGACUGAGUACAUCACAAUUGGUACAACUCUGUGCAACACUGGAAAAGUGUCCGAACGUUACGCGACUGUCGCUGCCUCAUUUGCGAUGUGAACGCGGUGCUAUUUCAGCGCUGUCUUCACUGCUCAAUGCAAGACCCUUUAGCUUUUUGUCAUUACCAUCGUGUUGGGGGGCUAGAGAUGAUCCGCCUUCAUCGAGUGGAGUAAGCAUGGGAUCUGGAAGUGGCAGUAGCACAGGAACUUCUGGUCUAAUCAAACAAGGUUCUCUACCAGGUGUUCCAUCGCCACGUUCCUAUGCCCCGGGCAUCUUUUCAUCCUUGCCUAGAGGUGUUUUCGUGCCGCCAACAACUCUCGGUCGAUCGGCAACUUUACCCCGCCAACCAUUGGAUCAAUCGUCAGUGGAUAAACGAAGCUGUGAUUCGGUUGUCUCAAAGACCUGGUAUCCCACGCCAGCGUGUGACGGUGGGCCACACAAUUCGGGAACACUACACGAUCUUUUACUAGCUGCACGAGAAUCCUAUUCGAAAUUGCAUGGAUUGGAUUUGAGUAAGGCUCAGCUGUCGUUGGAGGAUUCCAUGUGCCUUGGUGAAACUGUUCGCUUGUCGAACACUUUGCACACCCUCAAGCUGGAGGGUUCUUCGCGUUUAAGUGAAAUUCUUCCUUCAGUGUUGGGUGCUAGUGAAUCGCCUUGCCUACAGAUGCUGAGCAUUGGUUCACCAAGGUUAAGUUUAGAAGAUUCAGCGAUAGCGAUGUGUGCUCGAGCUUUGACUAGCUGUUCAACUUUGAGGUUAUUAAGUCUUGAUGGAUGGAGUUUUAGAAUCGAGAAUCUAUCAACACUUUCGAUUAUGCGAGCGUUUUUGUCGCUCACUUCAAUUAGAGAAUUAAGUCUGGCCAAUUGCCGUUUGCAAAUUGGAUUAAUCCGUAGCGAUACGAAAGUCUCGAGAGCAGCCUUUGAGUGUCGUUCGGUUGUUGUUUUGAAGCUGUCUGGAGCGCAGGUCACUUGUGCUGAUGCGAAUAUAUUGCGUGGACCGCAAUUGUUGCCGUUUAUUGGUGGAUUUCCUUGUUUGAGGGAAUUGGAUUUAUCAGCUCCAGCUAGAUCGGGGCUGGGUAGUACGCAUUCGUCUCCGCUAAUAUUGGAUGAUAAAUGUAUUGUUGGAUUCUUUCAAAAUCUUCAUUCUCAUUUUGGCCUUUUGAAUACAUUGAAGAUUUGCAAUUGGGUAGUACAUUUCGAUGAUGUUUCAAGGACUUUGAAGGCAAUUUCUAAGUGCAUACGAAAUAGUCCAAUUAGUCAUUUGAAGGUGGAUGGUAUUUCGGUGUUGGAUAGACCAAGGAAACAUCGUAUUGAAUCACAUUUCAUUCAUUGUUUUAUAUCGUCUUUGCCGUUAUUAAGAUGGUUGGGAAUUAGUUUGUCGGGCAAGAAGGAGGACCAAAUAACGGCGAUGGGAAAUUCAGUGCUGGACUUGAAGGGCUAUGAAAUCGAUAUCAAGCUAAGUGAAUCCACCAUUGAACAUGCCAAAUUAAUGGCCCAGGCAAUCAGCUUAGAUGGGAAAUUCGACAUUAAGGUAUCGACCUUCGGAACAUCGAGCGGAAUUCUAAUUCAUGCUGAAAAGUCAGGAACAAAAAGUCUAACACGAAAAAAUAAGGAUUAGAAAGGACAUUGCCUCAAGGGAGAGUAGAGAGAGACAUAGUGGAAAUUGGCAAAAAAAAAAAAAAGAAAUUACAACAACAACAAGGAGUAGCAUCUUUAUAAACGAGAAAAAACUGAUGGUAACUCCAUAUCGCACCUGGAUUUUACCAAGUUAUUUCCAAGUCUUUCCAUGUGCGGUGGAUAUGGAUGGGCCUUUGCGUGUCUAUGUGUGUGUGAUGAGUUUUUUUUUUUGUGUGUGUGAAUGGGAAAAGAAAAAUUAAACUUCGUCAUUGUUGUUGGUUGGUGUGCAAUGGGCUAAAAUAGAGUCAGAUUGUGGGAAUUUACACACCGUGAACAGCAGAUUAGCUUUACCAAAGUCAAAUAGAAUGGGACGUUUCGUUGUAUGUAUAUGGAAUGGAUACAACUAAAACAAAGAAAAAAGUAAAAUCGAUCCUACAGCCUGAUUCGUUUUUUUUUUUCUUAUUUUUUUUUUAUGUCCAGAAGCAUUGUUUUUUUCCUCCUUUGUGUUCAAUGAAGCCACAAUUUCGUGGGUGGACUUUUAAAAAAGAGAAUUUCCCUUAAGGUGUUAACAGUUUGGAGGGAAAAAUUCUAAAAUCCGUUUAGAUUUUGGUGAAACGUAUGGGGAAUUUGAAUUUAUUUUUUUUUUUAUUUUAGUUCAGGAAAGUACAUAAACGUUGUAAUAAAAAAAAGAGAAAACUUAAGGUUUUUUUAAUUGAACUGAUGAUCGAUUUUUCUCUUGUUUGAAUUAAAUUUGUUUACAUUUUCGUUUUCUAUGAAUUUUAAUUAAUUUGUUUUACUAUGAAAUUGGGUGGAGAUAGUUAGAAACUUAAUUUAGUUGUGUUUCAAUAUUUGCUAUUUCUAUAACUUUUUUGAGCGUUUUGAAUAGGUUCUUCACUCAAGAAUUCCUAACAGCGAUUCAUAGCUUUUGUGUAUAGUAAUAAUAUUUUUUUAAGUUUUUUUAAUUUUCAUGCCAUAUAAGUGGAAUUGGUAAGUAAAAAUUUUGAAAGAAAUUUCUUCUUUUUUUUUAACUGCCUUGGAAAACGAGAAAUAUCAUGCCCUAUGCAACUAUGUUAAUACUAUCCACAUAAUUGACUUACUGUUAAACCGAAUUCGAUGGCAUUUUUUCGACCCAAAAAAACGGACCAUUAUAUUAUGCAUUAUAUUUAUUUGAUUGUUUUCAAUCAAUUAAUAAAUAAGUUCCAGAACUUAAACCUUUCUUCUCCGAAUUCAAAAGUUCAUGGUUUUUGUCUCUAGAGGGCAACACCUAGUAAAUUUCAUGCAAGACCACAGAGUUUGUAUCCAGCGAACAUGCAAGACGCUUUUAACGAUACAUCAUUUGUCGAAUAACGAUAAGUAGUUUAGAAGUUAUGAUGCAACAGAUGAACAUAUAUACGAUACCGGUCCUUUCUGAAUUUGCUGGAGUUAGGAAAAAAAAACAAAUUACGAUUUAGUUUAAAUUUUAUGAC